AGGCGCUGGGGCGGGUGGCCCGGCUAGCCGCGCUCUGCCGGGCCCUGCGGCGGCGGGAGGCCGAGGGCGACGAGGCGGGCUGGGCCCAGGCGCGGGAGGAGGCGGAGGCGACGCGGCGGGAGCUGCAGGAGGUCGUGAGGCCCCUGAGGGAGCCCGGCUAUCGGGACGCGCUGCGAAGGAAGGCCGAGAGGGCGAGGAAGAGGAGGCUGCGCCUGCAGCGGAGGAAGCAAGAAGCCAAUGCAGCCAAGGAGGAGGAGGCGGCCCGGGCAGCCGAGCGGGAAGCCAAGAUCGACCAGUGGAGGGCCAAGUGCAUCCAGGAGGUGGAGGAGAAGAACCGGGAACGAGAACUUAAGGCUGCUGCAGACAGUGUCUUAUCUGAAGUACGGAAAAAACAAGCAGACACAAAGAGGAUGGUGGACAUCCUGCGCGCAUUAGAAAAGCUUCGGAAACUGAGAAAGGAGGCUGCUGGCAGGAAAGGUGUUUGUCCACCCCCCUCAGCAGACGAAGCAUUUGAAAGUCAAGUGGAGAGUCUCAAAACGUUGCUCAAAAAUCGCACAGAGUUGUAUGAAGCUGAGGAGAGAGCAUUAAGAGUUAUGUUGGAGGGGGAGCAGGAGGAGGAAAGGAAGAGAGAAAUGGAAAAGAAACAGAAGAAAGAAAGGGAAAAACUCCUACAGCAGAAGCUCGAAAUUGAUUCUAAGCUGUUUGGAGAGCCAGAUGAAUUUCCUCUAGCCCACCUCUUGCAGCCCUUCAGAGAAUAUUACUUGCAAGCGGAGCAUUCUGUAGCAGCUCUAAUCCAGAUCAGGCAUGAAUGGGAUCAGUACUUGGUGCCAGCUGAUCACCCUGAAGGAAGCUGCAUCCCUCCAGGAUGGGUUCUUCCGAGUCUCCCCACAAAUGACACUUGGGCCACUGCUGUCAGAUAAUUCAGUAAUAAAUUCUGUUACCAUUGAAGGAAUGUUUCAUUAUAAUUGGGUGUGUAAAUAUGAGAGGGUCUGUAGAGGAAGGCGCAUCCUCUGUUUUGGUAGCCAGGUACUGGAAUGUCUUGAACUAAAGCGUAGGGACUGUUUUUGCCAUCUUACUAGCAGGGAGCUACCUGAGCAAGCCCAAAGCUGCUGGGCCUCCCGUGGUAUGGAAUUACAGUCCCACUGUGAGUUUUUAUUAACUAAUCUCAAUCUUAAUAAAGAAACACUGCUGACAAGGGUAUCUGUGCCAGUGUUAACAUCCUAUUUUUAGUGCCUUUUAUCUUUAUAAGCCUAAAUCCAUAUGAUGAAAUCUCCAGAAAUAAAGAAGUUUAAAAAAAAAGAUCAUUAGUAAACAUGUUUUUCUUCUUAAAUGAAGCAUGUCAAGCAUCACUGUCAAAAUAGUUCCUGUAUUUUUGUGUGUAGAAAUGAACCUAUUACAAGUUUAAACAAAUUCUGAAGUACAAACAAGACAGGGUUUUUUCAAGGCUGACUAAAGCAGCUGUUGACAUUUUACUUUUGAGGACUAAAACUGGUACCACAGCAUGGAAAAAAUUCCCAGUUGUGGUGAAUUAGGUCAGACAGCCAUGAGAAUAUAAAUUUGAUGAAUUUG